GAUUCGUGUGAAACGCCGUGCGAUGUCGUAAUACUGGCCACCGGUUAUCGGCUGUGGUUUCCAUUCCUGUCGCAGCACUUAAUACCCGUCGACGCAAACCGUAUAUCGCUUUACAAAGACAUGUUCCCAGCGCUGAGUCCGCACUCAAACACACUGGCCUUCAUAGGACUCAUACAACCAAUCGGGACUCUAUUGCCCAUCAGUGAGAUCCAGUGCCGAUGGUUUGUCCAACUGAUGGCCGGUAAGUGUCGUCCGCUGCCAGCCGUCGACGCUAUGAACGAAGACAUUGACAAAUGCCGUCGGUAUCGGAGCCGACGGUUCGGGAUCUCCGAUCGACACACUAUUGAAGUCGAACCGAUCGACUAUAUGGACGAUAUCGCAGUUCAGGCGGACGUUAAGCCCGACAUUUGGCGCUACUUUUUCACUGAUUUCCGGCUGUGGCGGGCGAUGCUAUUCGGGCCCAGUCUUCAGUAUCAGUACCGCUUAACCGGCCCGCACUCGUGGUCGGGGGCCAGGGAUGCCAUAUUGGGUUGUGAGGACCGCAUUAAAGCGCCAACAAUGACCAGAUUUAACAACAAUUGCGGCGACCGUACGGCUAAUGACAAGCCAUAUAACGCUUUAUAUGUGUUGGCAAUCAUUGAGCAUAACGAUAAUGACUACUUGCUAUCGGAACCAUUACCUGAAAGUGUACGUAUCGAGAAAGCCGAUGCUCACUUUUACCGUAUUGGACUAUCGCUAUUCAAACCAGCCUAUCCAAUCAAACGGUCUUGGUUCAACCACCCACUCAUCGUGCUCAUCGUUCUAAUACAACACCUGGUUAAAUAUUUGAUCCUGAUCAUAAUCUAUGUGAACAAAUGGGAGGUAUCCGAAACAAUGCACAUACAACUGGCCGACAUCGAUCACAUGAUGGGCACCGGAGUCAUACACAACGUCAUUGUAUUUGUGCUAGAUACUUUCGCACUAACUUGUAUGGCCAUCCAAUACUACAACUAUAAACGUGGUAUAAAACCACGUGACCUGCGGGUGAUGGAAAUGUUGGCCGGUUUAGUGGCGCCCAAAACACUCGGUGUCAACGAUCGGGCGAUUGUCGCCAAACUUAGUGCCGCUUUUGAGCGCUGCCUACAAGUGAUUGAACUGUUGUCCAUCACAUCCGAGGCUAUGGUGUUUACCAUAGAUAUUAUUGGCUUUUCUCACCAUGGUGGUUGGGAAUUUAUCGUGUGCGUAGGCUUACCGCAAUCGUUUUGGCAGUCCGUGUGGGCACACUAUAUGCGCCACUGGAUGUACUAUCAAACCAUUUAUUACUUUAUGAUUGUAUACUAUUUGAAGCUAAAGUUACGUUUCCUGAACGGACUACUGGCCACUCACGUGACCUCCAGUGGUAGGGAAGUGCCCAAAAAGGGGAGUCGAGUGUUGCUCGUGAGUCGGGUCACGCGUGAGUACACGGAGAUACUCAACGAAAUAGGAGACUAUAACCGGAUCUAUUGGUCCAGUUAUUUGGCACUGAUCAGUGUCACCAUGGUGAUUGCCAUUUUUGGUAGUUUUAAUUCACUGGUUGUAGCCGAUGUGGACGCGUUUCACCGUGCUCACUAA